CUUAAACAUGGCGGAAACAACAGAGGAGGCACUGCUGGCUGGAGAAUAUUUUCACAAGGAAAGAAAAACGUUGACUCCCGAGGAAGAAUCCAGGCUAGAAAGGCAACAUUUUUGGAGGAUAAUCGACUCUUUUAGAUUUUACAGAUCCCAUGUCCAGGAACAAGUCAAUCGAGCCGAGCGUCAGUUUCUUCGGCUACCUCAACACCACCAAGACUUACUGCCAUCUGUACUGUCCAACCUGGCCCGCAUUCGCCAGUGUGCAGACCAUAACCAUGAAGUCCUGCAGGGCAUAGUGCAGCACAGCAUCCACAUGUUUGAGAACAUUGAGUAUGGAGAGAGGGAGGAUCAGAGAAAGGUGCAGCCCUCCUCAACAUUUGACAUGGACAAGCUGAAGUCCACCAUAAAGCAGUUUGUCAGAGAUUGGAGUGAGGCGGGUCAGGCUGAGCGGGACUCAUGCUAUCAGCCCAUCAUCCGCGAGAUCCAAAGACUGUUCCCAAGUGACCAAUAUGAUGUGUCCAAGGUUAGUGUGUUGGUUCCGGGAGCUGGUCUUGGUCGGCUAGCCUGGGAAAUUGCUCGUCUGGGUUAUAUAUGCCAGGGCAACGAAUGGAGCUUCUUCAUGCUUUUCUCUUCCAACUUUGUUCUCAACAGGUGUGAAAAGGUGAAUUGUCUGACAUUGUACCCCUGGAUUCACCAGCUUAGCAACAAUAAGAAGUCGUCAGAUCAAACACGGCCAGUCAGGUUCCCUGAUGUCAACCCUCAGGGCCUACCACAAAGUUCAGACUUCUCCAUGGUAGCAGGUGACUUUCUGGAAGUGUACUCUGAUGCAGAUUCUUGGGACUGUGUGGCGACCUGCUUCUUUAUCGACACAGCCCAUAACGUCAUACAGUAUGUGGAGACCAUCUGGAAGAUUCUUAAACCUGGAGGAGUGUGGAUCAAUCUAGGGCCUUUGUUGUACCAUUUUGAGAACAUGGCCAAUGAGCUCUCGGUUGAACUCAGCUACGAAGACAUCAGAGCAGCAAUGGUGCAGUUUGGCUUCCACAUAGAGGUGGAGAACGAGUCUGUACAUACCACCUACACAGAGAACGAGUGUUCGAUGUUAAGAUACAUUUAUGACUGUGUAUUUUUUGUGGCCCGGAAACCUGGAGGUCUGUAUUCUAACUGUCAAGAGGCUGACCAGCAACACAGUUCACCUCCCACUGCCAAAUCACCACGACAAGACAGCUCAGGGUGUCGUACGUGACUGGAAUUUAUUUCCCAAGGACUGUACACUUUAAUGCAAAUGAGAAAAAGGUGAAUUGCCAAGAAAAUGACAUUGAAGGAAAAAAAACAAUUACAGCAAAUUUUUUGUUCUAUUCUUUUGAGUAAUAAGUCACCAAAAAUGUAACCAACUUAGGAGGGAGAAGCACUAAGUAGCUGAACAUGAUUCAAAGUGUUAAUGCAUAAUUUUUUUAUUGUGCAAAUUGUGCAAAAAAGUGUGCUACCCUGUGGUUAAAAAACAGAUUUGAGCACUUGCACAUCUGCUUAAGUAGAGAGCAAUUUUCCAAUUAUAACAACAUGGUAGAAUUUAUCUCCUGUCUUAAAAAUAAUUAUUGGGCAAAUCUACAAAAUGAUUCAUCUGCUAUGAGUGGAGCUGUUAUAAUAUGCUCACUGUGAGAACUGUACAAUAUUCGUUAUCAUAAUGCUGAAGUGGUUGGCCAUGGAGGUGAGCCAUGCAUAGGCAUUUAUGAACCUUGGUAAACGUCCCUCUAUAAUGCCAUCACUACCGAGGAAUGAUUGCUACUUUAAGAAUGUGUGUGAUUGAAUGACAGGAAGCAGAUAUUUGCUGUAUUCCGAUGCAAGUGUAACAAUAGUGUUGUAUUUGCAUGGACCAUCACAUAUGUAGUCAAAGCUUGUUGCAGCUUUUCAGGAAUAAACAGUUUUAACAUGUUUUUUUUUUAAAUACUUGAAUAAAACUCCAUGUUUUAAAUAUGA